AUGAGAAGUGAAAAAAUACCUCUUACUGGUUCUCAUGUUGAUGCUGGUUUUUAUACUGGUCGAGAAAUAUCUACAGGAGACGCUGGUACAAGUGGUAUAUCACGACGAAUUUUACAUGGUUUAACAAUAAUCUCGGUGUUAAUAGCAUGUGGUUGUUCAAUUUAUGGAUCAUUUCAAGCUGAAACACCAUUUAUGAUUUUACCAUUUCUUGUUGUUUUAAUAUGGAUUUUUAUACAUUUUCUUCUAUUAUUUUUUGCACGACGUGAACAUCAUGAGUUUAAUCCACCGGCAUGGUUUAUAUUUGUUUCAAGUGGACAUAUAUUUAUACAAUCAUUAAUUGUUAUUAUAUUAACACUUUUUAAGAAACAAUAG